AUGGCUGAGAGCCUGUUCCAGGCUUCCCGGCAACGCCAAGGGAAAGUCAUGACGGCCGCCGCGGGCUCGGCGGGCCGCGCCGCGGUGCCCCUGCUGCUGUGCGCGCUGCUGGCGCCCGGUGGCGGCUACGUGCUCGACGACUCCGACGGGCUGGGCCUGGAGUUCGACGGCGUCGGCGGUGUCAGCGGCGGCGGGGCAACCUCUCGACUUCUAGUAAAUUACCCAGAACCCUAUCGUUCUGAAGUAUUGGAUUAUCUCUUUAAGCCAAACUUUGGUGCCUCUUUGCAUAUUCUAAAAGUCGAAAUAGGUGGUGAUGGGCAGACAACAGAUGGAAUCGAGCCUUCCCACAUGCACUAUGAGCUAGAUGAGAAUUAUUUCCGAGGGUAUGAGUGGUGGCUAAUGAAGGAAGCUAAGAAGAGAAAUCCCGAUAUUAUACUUAUUGGGUUGCCAUGGUCAUUCCCUGGAUGGCUGGGAAAAGGUUUCAACUGGCCAUAUGUGAAUCUUCAGCUGACUGCCUACUAUGUCGUGAGCUGGAUAAUGGGUGCCAAACGUUAUCAUGAUUUGGACAUUGAUUAUAUUGGAAUUUGGAAUGAGAGGUCAUUUGACAUCAAUUAUAUCAAGGUUUUAAGAAAAAUGCUGAACUAUCAAGGUCUCCAGCAUGUGAAAAUCAUAGCGAGUGAUAAUCUCUGGGAGCCAAUUUCUGCUGCCAUGCUUCUGGACACUGAACUCCUGAAGGUGGUUGAUGUGAUAGGGGCUCAUUAUCCUGGAACCCACUCAGUAAAGGAAGCAAAGUUGACUGGGAAGAAGCUUUGGUCUUCUGAAGAUUUUAGUACUGUAAAUGAUGAUGUUGGUGCAGGCUGCUGGGCCCGCAUAUUGAAUCAGAAUUACGUCAAUGGAUAUAUGACUUCAACAAUAGCUUGGAAUUUGGUAGCUAGUUACUAUGACAAUUUGCCAUUUGAGCGAUGUGGAUUGAUGACUGCCCAGGAGCCAUGGAGUGGGCAUUAUAUAGUGGAGUCUCCUAUCUGGGUCUCAGCCCAUACUACUCAGUUUACUCAACCAGGUUGGUAUUAUUUGAAGACAGUUGGCCAUUUAGAGAAAGGAGGAAGUUAUGUAGCUCUGACUGAUGGCUUAGGUAACCUCACUAUCAUCAUUGAAACUAUGAGUCAUAAACAAUCUGAAUGUAUACGACCAAUUCUUCCUUAUUUCAACGUGUCCAAGCAAUUUGCUACUUUUUUUCUUAAGGGAUCUUUUAGUGAAAUACCAGAGCUACAGGUGUGGUAUACUAAACUUGGAAAAUCAUCUGAGAGAUAUCUUUUCAAACAACUGGAUUCACUAUGGCUCCUUGACAGUGAUGGCAAAUUCACACUGGAACUUCAAGAGGAUGAGCUGUUCACACUCACCACUCUCACCACAGGUCACAAAGGCAGCUACCCACUGCCUCCAAAAUCCCAGCCCUUCCCAUGCACCUACACGGAUGAUUUCGAUGAUGAUUAUCCAUAUUUUAGUGAAGCUCCAAAUUUCGCCGAUCAGACUGGUGUAUUUGAAUACUAUACCAAUAUUGAAGAUUCUGGAGAGCAUCGCUUCACACUACGCCAGGUUCUCAAUCAACGACCCAUUACUUGGGCUGCUGAUGCAUCCAACACCAUCAGUAUCAUAGGCGAUUACAGAUGGAGCAAUAUGACUAUAAGGUGUGAUGUUUACAUAGAGACUCCUGAGGUGGGGGGUGUGUUCAUCGCAGGAAGAGUAAAUAAAGGUGGUGUUUUGAUUAGAAGCGCCCAAGGAAUUUUCUUCUGGAUUUUUGCAAAUGGAUCUUACAGAGUCACAGGUGAUCUAGCUGGAUGGAUUGUGUAUGCUGCAGGGCGUGUUAGAAUUAUGGAGAAAACAUGGUAUACACUCACAUUAACUAUUAAGGGUCAUUUGUCCUCUGGCAUGUUGGAUGGCAACUCUCUGUGGAAUAACACCCAUGUAAUGUUCCCGAAGAAUGGCUGGGCUGCGAUUGGAACUCACUCCUUUGAAUUUGCACAAUUUGACAACUUUCAUGUGGAAGCUGCAUGCUAAUACUGAACAUCACAGAAAACGCUUUGGAUAUCCUUUCUGUCUUUUUGGUUUUGAUUCAGAGCCCAUUCUUGUUUUGAUGGACCAAUAUAUGGACCUUUGGAGGCUGAAAAUAAUGAAGAGUAAAUGGGGAGAAUAAUAUAUUUUGGUUUGAUCCUGUGGAAGAUUUUCCUAGAACCAAUUCCAGAAGACUACAAAUAGAUCUUUAACACUAUCUACUGUGUCCCCUCAGUUCAGACUGCUCACUGGUCCUGUCCUUAGCAGUGGUUUGGGUGGUUCCGAUGUCAAAGCCUUGGUGUUAAACCGAGGUAGCUCUCUUCCUGUUAUUGCAAGUAGUCAUUCCAGUGGCUCUACUGUGAUCACGCCAGAGGUGUUUGUGAAUGCUGACCAUGUGUCUGAGUGAACUGAAAUUCCCGUCAUGAGACAGAGCUGCUACAGUGGGAAGCUGAAGAACUCUGGAGGUGCUGAUUUUGAAAACCACUUAACACAUUAUUCUUACAAAAAAAUGAUAUUUCUUUUAUAAGAUGAUGCUUUUCGUGGCCUUAGAAUUACAGGAAGAUUUGAAAAAUGCCUCAUUAAUAAACUACCUCUACAGCUAUUUCUGCAGUAAUAAAUGUUAAUAGACUAACUGGGUUAUUUGUAUUCUUUAAUUCCUGUGAUUUCAGCUUUUAGUCUUAUAAUCCGUGUACUCUCUGUGAUCAUUUUCCCAGGUGGCUGGAAGAAGGAGGAAAAUGAAAUAUAGCCACUGCUCUAAGUGAGUCUAAAGUCAGAAUUGUAGUGGUUUCCUUGUGUCUCGUUUCAGUGUGCCUUUUUCUGGUCUGUCCCCACAUGUGGCACUGAGAACAGCUGAAAUAUCUGAUGAAUACUUUUAUCUCCUCAUGUGGAGAAGGGGAGGACUCUUAGCUUUUUACUGUAGUUCGCAGAAUUGGAUCACCCCUUAAUGUUUGCUCAGUUAGAUGCACUUACUUUUUAAAAGUUCAAAUAUUUUUAAAUAUGGUAGAAUGUGUUUCUCAUGUAGUCUAUAUCUAAGCAUAAUGUUGCUGUCAGAAGAAAAUCAGUUAUUGACACGGGUAAAGUAGAUUCUGGAAUUCUUUAUAAGAAUUAUUCAUUGAACUAAUUCUACUACUUAGGAAUUUUUAAUGGUCUAACUAGGCUAAGAUACAAUAAAGUUUUACAUUACUUUGGAAGACAAAAGCUAAUUACUGGAGUAAGUCAGAUAACAGAGAAA